AUGGCUUCUUACUUUGGGAGCUCCGACGAGCCCUCGGAACGGUCAAGAUGCACCCCGCUUACACGCAUGCUCCUCUCGGGAGAAAUGACCCUGGAACCUCAGCCGGAGCUGUCAGCGAGAGAAAAGCUGGAUCGAUGGAUGACUAACGAAGGUUAUAAACGAGUAUUCGUCCUCGUCUUCGUUGUUGCCCAUGCUCUCAUCUUUUCCUUUGCCUGCGUCAACUAUGCCCUCAAGGACAGCUUGCAAGGCGCCAGAGACACAUUCGGCUUCACGUACACGGUAGCUCGAGCGUCCGCACUGGUACUGCACGUCGAUGUGAGCAUCAUCUUGUUUCCGGUUUGUCGGACGUUGAUUUCGCUCAUGCGACAAACGCCCCUCAACGGAAUCAUUCCGUUCGACAAGAAUAUGUCCUUGCACACCAUGACGGCCUGGUCCAUGGUCUUCUUCUCGUGGGUGCACGCCAUGGCGCACUGGAACAACUUUGCCCAAGUUGCGGCCAAGAACAAGCUGGGGUUUUACGGCUGGCUCCUUGCCAACUUCGCAUCCGGUCCCGGCUGGACGGGCUACGCGAUGCUCAUUGCGCUCAUGGCCAUGGUCAUGACGUCGGUCGACAAGCCUCGCCGAGCCAACUAUGAGCGUUUCUGGUACACCCACCACAUGUUCAUCGUCUUCUUCUUCUUCUGGUCCUUGCACGGAGCCUUUUGCAUGAUCCAGCCGGACAUUGCACCCUUCUGCGCCAGCCUCGGAUCCUCGGCCGUUGGCGUGUUCUGGCAGUACUGGAUGUACGGAGGCUUCGUGUACCUGGCUGAGCGUGUAGCUCGAGAAGUGCGCGGUCGGCACAGGACGUACAUUUCCAAGGUGAUACAACACCCAAGCAAAGUGUGCGAGAUCCAGAUCAAGAAGGAGAAUACAAAGACUCGGGCCGGCCAGUAUAUUUUCCUCUGCUGCCCAGCCAUCUCGCUUUGGCAGUACCACCCGUUCACACUCACGAGCGCCCCCGAGGAGGAUUACCUCUCCAUCCACAUGCGAUGCCAGGGCGACUUCACCAUGGCCGUAUCCCAAGCCCUCGGCUGCGAAUGGGGCGGCCCGGACGACGGCAGCAGGCUUGUCGGGGUCGACGGAGACAGAAACGGAGCCAGCCCGGCGCUCCAGCGAGUCCUGCCACGAAUCUAUGUCGACGGUCCCUUUGGAUCGGCAUCGGAAGAUGUUUUCAAGUACGAGGUAUCCAUCUUGGUUGGCGCGGGCAUUGGCGUGACCCCUUUCGCAUCCAUCCUCAAGUCGAUAUGGUACCGAAUGAGCUAUCCGCAGAAGAAGACUCGCCUGUCCAAGGUCUACUUCUUCUGGAUAUGCCGCGACUUUGGAUCCUUCGAGUGGUUCCGCUCCUUGCUGCUGGCUGUGGAAGCGCAAGACAUUGAGAACCGCAUCGAGAUCCACACCUACUUGACGGCCAAGAUCCGGGUGGACGACGCCACCAACAUCAUGAUCAACGACGCCAACGCAGACACGGACGCCAUCACUGGGUUGAGAAGUCCGACAAACUUUGGGAGACCCAAGUGGGACAUGAUUUUCCGCGGCAUCAGAAAGCUACACAGCCCUGGCGAGGCCGGUGUUUUCUUCUGCGGCCCGAAAGGCCUGGGGAGUGCGCUGCAUGGGCACUGCAACAAGUACACAGAACCGGGCUUUUCAUUCGUCUGGGGAAAGGAAAACUUUUAG